AUGGAGAACACGGACUCGGGUAAAAUCAAGCUAAGGAGACAUCGGGGUUUGUGGGGAGCGCCCCAGGGCGUGGUUUGCCCUGACCUCCAGCGCGGGAGCUGGAGGCAACUUCUGAACACGUGUUUUCUGCAGAAAGGAACCCAUUAUACACCGUAUAAAAGUACCCCCUUAAUUUAUUUAACUUCUUCGGAGCUGACAGAUCAAACCACUGAAGAACACCGAGCGAAGAUUACAAAGAAUACGCCUAACCCAGGAGACCGCCUUACGAGGGCGGGGCAAGAAGCUCAGAUUGCACAUGCGCGUUGGGAGCUAGCCUGUCAAAGCGAGGCUCGCAGGAGCUGUUGCCGGCAGGUGGCGCUGGGGUGGAGCGGCCCGGGACCCCAGGCCCAGGCGAGCGUCUCCCGACGCGGGAGGCGGGGCGCGGCCUCUGCAGCCGUAGGUGACCCAGCAGGUCGGCGCUUCCGCAUAGGUGUAGAGCAGCUGGCGGUGCUCGUCGUGGCGUUGGUGGCUGCGGCGCUGAUCCUGCUUUCUUUUGUUGCAUUUCUAUAUGCUGCCAAAAUGCCAGACAUUUACUGGCAAAAAGAAGAAAAUUUCUUUUUAAAUGCAGCAGGCAAGAAAGAAACUUUACCUACUAUACAUGACUCCCCAACUAAGCAGUUAUCCAUUGUUGUGCCUUCAUAUAAUGAAGAAAAACGGUUGCCUCUGAUGAUGGAUGAAGCUCUGGAAUAUCUAGAGAUGAGACAGAAACAAGAUCCUGCAUUCACAUAUGAAGUGAUUGUGGUUGAUGAUGGCAGUAAAGACCAGACUUCACAGAUUGCUCUUAAUUAUUGCCAAAAAUAUGGAAAUGACAAAGUGCGAGUAAUAACACUGGUGAAAAAUCGUGGGAAAGGUGGAGCUAUCAAGACGGGUGUAUUCACUUCUCGAGGGAGAAAGAUCCUUAUGGCAGAUGCUGAUGGAGCCACAAAAUUUGCAGACCUUGAAAAAUUAGAAAAGGAACUUGGACAUCUACAGCCUUGGCCUGAUCAAAUGGCUAUUGCUUGUGGAUCUCGAGCACAUCUGGAGAAAGAAUCAAUAGCUCAGCGUUCCUAUUUCCGAACUCUUCUGGCAGGAUUCCACUUUCUGGUGUGGUUCCUCUGUGUGAAAGAAAUCAGAGACACACAAUGUGGGUUCAAAUUGUUAACUCGGGAAGCAGCCUUGCUGACUUUUUCAAAUUUGCACAUUGAGCGAUGGGCAUUUGAUGUAGAACUUCUUUAUAUCGCACAGUUUUUUAAAAUUCCAAUAGCGGAAGUUGCUGUCAACUGGACUGAAAUUGAAGGUUCUAAGCUGGUCCCAUUUUGGAGCUGGCUACAGAUGGGCAAAGAUCUACUUUUUAUACGACUUCAGUAUUUGACUGGUAUCUGGAAACUCGUAAACACUCGGAAAAAAAAUUAGGUUAUUUACCUUCAUUGAGGGUAUUAUUAUUAAUAUGUACCAUUGGCCAUUUCAUUUGAAAUUAAAUAUUAAACUGAGGUAACACUAUG